UGGGAAAUGUAUAUAAAGACCGAGACCUCCUACACCAAUGUAGACCUCCAGACUCACCGCGGAAGUAACACACGGAUAAAUAUGGCCCUGGACGAAAUCAAGAGUAAAUUUGAGGGAAAAUGGGAGUGCGUGAAAGCCGAAAACAUAGAGUCUUUUCUUGAGGCAAUGGGUGUUAAUCUUAUCAAACGGAAGGCUGCUGCUCAGCUAAAGCCGACCUUGAUUAUCUCCGUCAAGGACGGAAAGGUCGAGAUCGUCCGGAAACUCCCGAUCAAGGAAACGAAGAAUCAGUUCGUACUAGACCAAGAUAAUGAUAUCAGCGACGAUGACCAUAAAUUUAAGGCUAUGUUCACAUACUCUGAAGGAAAAAUGAAAAUGGAAUUCAAAGCGGUGGAUGGUAAAUCUAAAGACAAUGUCGUAGUCAGAGAGAUAGAAGGGGGUAAUCUUAUUCAAUCUGCAACUUGCAAUGGAGUCACAGCGAAAACAACAUUCAAGAAGUCCUAGAUCUGUUUAUGUUUUUGUAUAUGAUUUUUGAAAUUGUUUAUUUGUCAAUAAAAUUCUUUAAUAUGUACCG